AUGGAAGCUUUAUAACAGAUAUUAAAAACUCAAGGAACUAAUGUAACAACUAUAGAUCUAGAAUUCAAGUAUCAUUUUAUAUCUAUCUUAAUAGAUCAAUAGAAAAUUUAGAAGAAUUAUUACCAUAAUUAGCAAAUUUUAGUAAUUUAAAAAAAGUAAUUUCUGAUUGAAAUAAAUAGCUUAAUUUACAUGGAAAUCGUUUAGUUUAUUUACCUGAUGAUUUAAGUUUGUUAGACACUGUUGAAGUAUUUGAUAUCUCUAAUAAUAUUUUUUCUGAUGUAAAUACCUAAUAUUGAAUUAUAUUAGUUAGGUCAAGUUGUGGAUGCUUUAUCAACAAUGCCUAAUUUAAUUCAUCUUGAAAUUACCAUAUAAUCAAAAGAAGAAGAGUAAUUUAUUUUAGAAUGUUUAUCUAAUCUUUAAAUUUUGAAUUCUCAAAAAGUGAAUGGAAAAUUGGAAGGUGCUGAUGAAACAUAAGAAUAAUAAAGUGAGUAAUAAUCUGAGAGAUCCAUAAGUGCAGUUUAAGAUAUUACACUUUAAUAAUAUGAUCUUGAAUAGAUGGCUGUAUUUUGAUAAUGAAUAUUUUUAGAUAUUAUAUGAUAGUAUAAGAGAAUAUAAGAAAGAAGAUUAAGAAGAUAAACAAUUUGAUUAAUAAAUAAGAACAAUUAUGCUUGAUCUAUAAUCAAAACUAAAAUAAAAUAAUCCUGAUCAUUUAACUAAUCUUUAUAUAUUAACAGUAAUACUUAAUUUAAAUAUUAGGCAAAAUUCAAUUUAUAUGAAAUUUGUUUUAAAUCAAUAAUUAAACAUUUCAAAGUUAAUGAUAAACAUUUAGAUGUAAUAAUUACUAAAAUUCAUGCUAUGCAUUUAUAAAUUUUUAAUGACAUGUCUAAUGUGAUAUUAAAUAUCAAACCAUAAUCUAAAAACACAUCUUAAAUUAUUGAAAAUAAUAAAUAAGUAAAUCAAUCAUAAUAAGGUGAUAAAACAGUUGAAAAUAGAUUAAGAUAAGAGUUAUCUGAACUUUAAUAAUAAAAUACAGAAUUAGAAAAAGAAAAUAAAAGAUAUUUAGAUUUACUAAUUAAACAUUCAAAAGGUGAUAGAUCAUCAUUACCUAAUUCAGAACAUGCAAUCAAAUAAUAAAAUGACUCAUAUCAAUCUUAAAAUUAUACAAAAAAUCAUCAAUAAUAAAAUAAUGCUAUUUUUUAAUCAAAAUAAUCUUAAAAUCUAAAUUCAUUACCUUAAUAAAUUAAUGUUAGACAUUUAACAUUAAAAUAACUAAAAGAUGUUAUUAAUGAAAUAUAUGAAAGUAAACAAAAAUUUGAUUAGAAAUGUACUGAAUCUAAAUUACCCAGAGAAACUAUGGAAUAACAUAUGUAUACUUUUUUAAAUUAGAAAUAUGGACUUAAAAGUCUUAUAAUUGAAUGGGCUACAUCAAUAAUUAAUGCACUUAAAAAGUAUUCAGCAGAAGAUAAUGAUGUGGCUGUAUUUGGUAAAAUAUUAAGAAAUGAAUGUGAUGAAGAGUUUCGUUUUGUUUAGACUUAAGUCAAAAAUACUAUGUAAGAAUUAUUAAAAGUAUUUCAAUUUUAUUAUCUAAAAAGAUGUAUUUAAGAGGCAAAUUUCCAUUAAAACAUUAAGCAGAAAUCAAAGAAAUGCUUAAUCAAAGGAUAAAUGGAUAACUUUAUGAAGAAGAAGCUGUAGAUAUUAUUAAAUAUAUGUACAACUAAGAAGAUUCUGAAUUACUAUUAAACAAAUUAAAAUCAUACUAUAUUGUACCCCAUAAAAAUCCAGAUAGAAGGUUGACUAGGGAAGAACAAUUAUCUUUACUUUAAGAAAAAGAUAAAUAUAAAUUAGAAUAUUCAGUCUUUCAGAAAAUAAUAUUAGAUUUCUAAUUAAAAUCCCAUGAAAAAUAUUUAAAGAAAUUUAUUAUAACUUUUAAAUAAAUGGAUACAGAUGCUAAUGGAAUCAUUGAUGAAGUAAUUAAUAUAUUAUUAAAUAAUUAGAAUGAAUUUCGAAACUUAAUUGAUGUUUUAAAUUUUGGAGCUGGAGAUCUUGAAAUCGAAAAAUAUUUGAACAUCAUCGAUCCUUAUAGUCAUUAAUAAAUAACAUUUUCAUAAUGUGUGACUCUUUUUUCUUCAGAAUCUGUACCUGGUUCUAAUGGAUAAAUCUAAAUACUAUAAAAGAUAUCAGAAUAAUGA